GCGUGACCAUCUGUGUGUGCUGAAGUAGGGAGAGGGAAGAAACCCCCAAUCCGUCUUAUCCUCUCAGCUCCUCGCUGUCACAAGCUCUGUUAGGUAGACAGGACACUCGGCAGGUUGCAGAGGACCACAAAACGCUCCGGAGAAAGCACAAAGAGAGAGGAAAAAAAUAUAAAUGUACACCAACAACCAAGGAUAGGCUGGUGUUCAAGCGGCAAAAGCCUUCCUGGAGGAUUUUAAAAGAACUCUGCCUAUCUAACCACUCAGGUAAUCAAGGAGAUCUUUGAGAAGACGCAGGUAACGCGACCUAUGGAUUCACACUUCAAACUUUCUUUGAAAAGGUUUUUGGUUUGCCUCUUCAAUCAAAGUUCUUCAGACAGUUUUUAAGCUUUCUGUUAAUACAUUUAAUUGUAAAAAUGGGCUGUUCUCCAUCCAAGGGAAAGUUGUUUGGAGGAUUAGAUGGUACUGGGACUAAAAAUGCUUUGUUGGAUGGAAAUGCCAAUGGUGACUGUAAACCUGUAGAAAACAACCAAUGCUUGAAGACUAAUGAGGCAGAAAAGGAGCUUUUAUUAUCCAACAAAGAUGAAACUCCAGGAGUGGAUAAGAGGUCUCAGAAGGCCUCUGACACGACCACCGCUAAAAGCUCAGAGGGCAUUAACAAAACAGAAAUGAAUGUGAAAAACCAAGAAAGAGGCAUUGAGGUCACACAAAUAGAUAAGAUGAAAAAGGUGGAGAAAAGAAAGAAAACUAAAGGCCUAGAAAAGAGAAGGCGACUAGACAAGCAAAGAAACUCCUCCGUCAUCCAGAUGAAGGUGGAUUUUCCGCCACACAUGGUGAGAGCUCACCAGGCAGCCUAUGCCUAUCUGAACCCAAACAUUUCCAAAUAUGAAACCCUGCUGGGCCUGCUAGACCAGGCUGCACAGACUCAGCUGUCCCUCCAGCCCAUGAUGUCAGGUCUAGUGUUGCGCUUCGAGGAGAUCAACCAGGCCUUGGAGGAGAUGGCUGAAGAGGGGGAGCUGAUGUUGAAGGAGCAUGGGGAAUACAUGGCCUGGCCCUCUGGGAUGUUGGGCCAAUCUGCUAUGUUGGCAAAACCUACCAUCGAUGCAGCCAACGCCCCUGAUCCACCUCCGGACCUGUUACAGCAACUUCUCCAGCAUUCCACAGAAAAGAUGAGGCUGGUGGGGAGCUCUGCCCAAGGAGUGGGUGACACUACCCUGGAGGAGGCAGUGGAAUGCUUUGCCUCCCUGUCCAAGCUGCUGGCUCAGAGGCUACAGGCCAAGCAGGCCGUAGAGCGGCGAAUGGUUCAGGUGCUAGCUCAGGUGGAGAGGGCAGUCAUGAAGAAGUCCAACCCUGAGGAUUCGGCACUGCACAGUGAGGACAGCGGUAUAGGGGGAGAGAAUGAGUCCCUGGCCGGCUCUGAGAGGCACCGCCGCCAUCGUGGCAGCGCCGGAUCAGGAAGUUGUGGGUCUGGGGGCAACAUUCGCUCAACAUAUGACAUUCCCCACAAUCAUUUUGCCAGCCGGGUAGGCCUUAAUGAAGGUGAGGAGGAUGACGAGGAAGAGGACGAUGAUGAAGAUGAAGAGGAUGGAGAGGAUGAAUAUGACUGGCCAAUGAGGAAAAGAUCAAAUUCAUCCCCACCAGAUCCCAGUCAACCGCUUCUCCAGACGGGAGCAAAGCGUAAGAGUGAAGUUAAACUGAAACGACCAAUGACUGCUGCCACCUCAACCAAACCAGAAUAUUCGUCCUCCACUGGUUAUGUAAACAUACUAGAGCUGCAAAAGAGCCAGCAGGUCCUGGAUCAGCGAAUUCAAAAGAUGCAAGAAAACUGGGGAAACAGGGAGUUAGCAGGGCCUCAUUAUAAUCUGUACAGAGGUGGACUGAGAAGACAUUCUUUAAGUGGGUCAGGAGCUGGCAGAUGUGCACAGAAAAGGCCCUUGAAGACAAAUCAGCCCCCUUGUUCCUCACCCAUGUUGGAACCCCAGCCACCUGGACGUCACUCUGUCAGAAAGCUGAUAAACACCUUCAGUCAUGGGGUCGAUGGCAGACCAGGCCAGAGCCUCGCUAAUAUACCACCUCAUAUCAGAAGGCCCAGGAGAAGUGGACAAACUGUAUUACCUGACAUAGGAAAUAGCGCUGAAGGGUCUUUGGUCAUCAACGGCAACAAUAACAACAACAGUUGGCCCGAUGGCAGGGAUGAGCUGGACGUAGACAGCCUCCCACCUCCACCUCCAGAGGUUCUAAUGGACAACUCCUUCCAGAGUACCGAAGACAUGACAGAAGAUGAGGAAGAGGCCCAAGAGACCUCAGUUCGGGGUCGGCCUAUGAUAAACCAAAGGACUGCAGUCUCCCAGCGCCUGAGGACAUAUGUGCAUAAUGUGACGGUGCUGCCAAGCCGACCUAGCAUAACACAAAGAUCGACUGGUAUUUCACCCGCCCGUCCAAUCAGGCAGGAUGCUGUCAUGGGGAUGCAGCCAGGACAGUACGUAGAGCAGCAACUAGAAACUGAGCUUGAUCUGGAAAAGGACAAAUCUACGACUCUGUACCAACAGGCGCGGAAGAUCAUUCAUCUGCAAAAUGCAACAGAAUCCACCAUCAAGAGAAAUCAAGCAGGGCAGCCAGUCAGAGGCGAGAGGCAGGGAAGCACUGAGAUUUAUGAGGCUGAGAUGUCCUCCUGCAGUCUUCCUGUGAUAGCACCACCUGUCUCUAGAGUCCGCCUACCACCAUCCUGUCCCUCUGUGCACCACAGAUUCCCAAGCCCUCCUGUGUUCAGACCUCAGCCCCCCUCGAGGCCCCCAUCUCGGUCAGGCUCACCAAGGGACUUCACACGGCCAAGGGGGAACAGUGCUACAGAAAUCAUUCCCUCUGUGUCCUUUUCUGAUGCCCGUUCAGUCUUCUGCCGUAAUGACCAACAAAAUUCCCAGGUCUGGAACAGUCCCAUUCUUCCCAGGGGCAGACUGCCCUCAAGAGCAACAGACAACUCCACCAGACGCACCCAGUCAGAGCAGAGGCCUUGUUCUUCCUCCCACCCAGAGGUUCCCAAAGAUGGCGGCGCAAGAUCCACUCAAGUCAAGGGGAGUGAGGCUCCUGGCAGUGCCAUUACAAAAAGGCCGGCCAGCCCUCUGAUGACAGAAAACAACAUCCAAUGAGAUUCAAGUGCCGCUGCAACGAGAGCCUAAAACCUCGGCCCGAGCAGGCCAGGGUUUGAAGAGUGAAUGAUGGAGUGGGAAAGGAGUGUAGCAAGAGAUUAUGGAUUAGCAGGACUUUAAAGGCUAAGCCCCUUUCUCUUUCCUUUCCCUUCCAGAAGAGGGGUGUAUUCCAAGACUGUGGGUUAGAUCCAUUUAUAUUCACUGUAACAUUUAUAAUAAAAGUCAAACUGAACACUGAACAUUACUCUGUGAUUGACUUUGUAGUGUCUUUCAAAUUAUUGUCAUAAUUUGGCUGUGUCAGUUAUUAGGAGGGGAUACUAAAUCUGAACUCAAUGUUGAAUCGAUAUUGUGUGGUAAAUUCUGUGCUGUUUAAGGUUUUGCAUAAUCACCUGGAUGUACACACAUCUCUUGUUUUGUAUCUGUUCUACUAUUUGGACAGUUUGUAUUAGCUUCACAUAUGUGUGUGUAUGUGGUCAAUGUUUUUUUUUUUCUACCUCAGCCAGGUCUGAAUAAAAGACUUGUACAAACAAAA